AUGCAGGAUGCCUACCGAGCAGCUGGUUUGGUGCUCCGGGAUCGACUCCUGGAGUCAUUGAACGAUACCAAUGCCUACUACAGGAAGAUGGAUGUGAAGCGAGGAUACUACCUGUCUGCCGAAUACCUGAUCGGAAGACACAUGCAGAAUGCGAUUGCGAACCUCGAUCUGGAGCAGCCCUUCAAGGAGGCCUUUCACGCACUCGGCAUGCAGCUGGAGGACCUUUUCCACGAGGAGGUGGACCCAGCGCUGGGCAACGGUGGCUUGGGCCGUCUUGCCGCAUGCUUCCUCGACUCCAUGGCAACUUUGUCGCUGCCUUGCUGGGGCUACGGCAUCCGAUACAGCUAUGGCAUGUUCAAGCAGGACAUCCAGAACGGCCGUCAGGUGGAGAUGCCUGAUUUCUGGAUCGGGGAUGGAUGCCCCUUCGAGAUUCCUCGGCCGGACAUCACCUACCCAGUGCGGCUUUACGGCGAAGUGCAGGAGGGCCUGAAUGCCAAGGGUGAGUGGUGCUUGAACUGGGUUGGUGGCGACAUCGUCCAGGCGAUGGCAUACGACAAUCCCAUUCCUGGCUUCGACACCUACAACACUAACAAUCUCCGAUUGUGGCGCGCUUGCCCCUCCAAGGAGUUCGAUUUGGACCAGUACAGCGCCGCGAACUUCACCGAUGCCGUGGAGGCACGCCGAAAGGCAGAGGACCUGUCUGCCGUCCUCUACCCGAACGAUGCGAGCUACGAGGGCAGGGAGCUCCGCUUGAGGCAGCAGUACUUCUUCGUAAGUGCUUCGCUGCAGGAUUUGCUGCGCGAGUUCAUCAAGCGUCCCAACUACAAGUGGUCGGAGCUGCCGGAGAAGGUGGCAGUGCAGAUGAAUGACACACACCCGACCAUUGCUGUGGCGGAGUUCAUGCGCUUGCUGGUUGAUGUGAUGCACGUGCCUUGGGAUGAGGCAUGGGAGCUGACCACGAAGUGCUUGAACUACACCAACCACACCGUGAUGCCCGAGGCGCUGGAAAAGUGGCCAGUCGAGAUGAUGACCCGCAUGUUGCCCCGCCAUGUCCAGAUCAUUGGCGAGCUGAACCUCCGAUGGAUUAACGGUUUGGUGGCGAAGUACGGCGACGGGCCCAUCAUCGCGGCUUUGAGCAUUUUUGAAGAGGGCGAUGUCAAGAAGAUCCGCAUGGGCAACUUGGCCAUCAUGGGUUCCAACAAGGUGAAUGGCGUCGCCGCACUUCACACAGAGAUCAUCAAGAAGGAAACCUUCCCUGACUUCUACAAGUACUGCUGCGACACCGGCGCACCGGACAAGAUCGUGAACAUGACCAACGGUGUGACACCCCGCCGUUGGGUGCACUGUGCCAACCCUGCGUUGAGCGCAAUCUUCACCAAGUAUCUUGGCUCCCACGAGUGGCUGACGGACAUGACGAAACUCAAAGGCAUGCUGAAGUUCAAGGAGGAUCCAAAGCUGCAUUCCGAGUGGAUGGAGAUGAAGAAGACCGCCAAGAAAAAGCUUGCAGGCUUCUUGAAGGAGACGCUGGACCUUGAAAUCGAUCAGGAUGCCCUUAUCGACAUCCAAAUCAAGCGCAUCCACGAGUACAAGCGGCAGUUCAUGAAUUGUCUCUAUGUUAUCCACCGUUACCAGCAGCUGAAGAAGAUGUCCCCUGCUGAGCGUGAGAAGGUGCAGAAGCGCGUGGUCUUGAUCGGUGGCAAGGCAGCAUCCGCCUAUGUGAAUGCAAAGCUCAUCAUCAAGCUGAUCAACAAUGUUGGCAAGGUGAUCAACAACGAUCCAGACACUGGCAAACUCCUGAAGCUUGCUUUUGUGCCGAACUACCGUGUGUCCGCAGCCGAAGUCCUGAUCCCAGCUUCGGACAUUUCGGAACACAUUUCCACUGCAGGCACGGAGGCAAGCGGAACCUCCAACAUGAAGUUUGUCAUGAACGGUGGCCUGAUUGUUGGUACCAUGGACGGUGCCAACAUUGAGAUUCGCGAGGAGUGUGGUGAAGACACCAUGUUCAUUUUUGGCUGUUUGGAGCACGAGGUUGCCGGCAUUGCAGCAAAGGCGAAGGAGGGUCACUACCCGAUCGACAGCCGACUGCAGGCCGUUUUCCAGGCAAUUCGCAACGGCGAGUUCUCCAAGGGUGAGCCGGAGGCUCACGCCGAGUUUUGCUCGCUGGUUGACAAGCUCUGCAACACGCACGGUGCAGGCACCUGGGAUGGUGACAGGUACCUGGUGGUGCAUGACUUUCCUUCCUUCGUUGAUGCCCAGGCAAAGGUGGACGCAACCUACGCGGACAAAGCCAAGUGGUGCAAGCUCAGCAUCCAGGCGGCCUCCUCCAUGGCGAAGUUCUCCACUGAUCGAACUAUCUCGGAGUAUGCUGACGUGAUCUGGGGCGUCAAGCCUGCACCACGUCCCAUGGAGAUGUGA